CACAAGAGAAUGGGUCGUAGUAACGGUAUUGGGACAAUUUCUGAAAAUGGGCAAUGUGGAAAGUCCCAUUCCAUGAAAACGAUUUUGCCAAAAAAGGGCAACAAUAACAAAAAUUACAAAAAAAAUUCAAAAGGGUCAUCUCAGUCCAAUCAAGACCAUGAGCAAGUCCUUCAAGCCAAUGUCGAGACCAACAUGUCUUCCAAAACUCUUGAUUAUCAGAAUGGGAACAUAUAUGAGAUACAUAAGAGUAACCAUGCGGACAUCCACAGCUCCAGUAAAACAACUCCAAAGAAGGUUAUCGAGCAGAAGUCAAGAACCCUCAAGGUCUCAAGCUCUCAAGGAAAAGAGGCAUCAAAUUCUGAAACGAAGAAAGAAGUUUUCCAUUUCUGGUCAACAAAGGUUAAUAAUAUCCAUGAGGGUUCCGAGGAAAAGACCUCUGUGGCCAAGAGUAGUGCAGGAGACCACCUCAAGAACAUUAUUACUAAUCAGCCUGCAGACAGUACCCAGGAGGACCAUGGCAGAGGAUGUGAUUUCAGUAAGAAUCCUUUUGAGAUAAGACCCUUAAAGAGGAAGAAGAGGGAUGAAUUGUUCCCACCAGUAGGCUUUACCCACAUUGAUGACUAUGUUCUUUCCUUGAGCAAUCAGAUUCAGUCACAAAAUGCCUCAGUAAAGGAAAUUGUACAUAAAAUCACCAAAAAGUCCACAAACAACAUUGAGAAGAUUCGAGCAAUAUGGAUCUGGCUGUGCCAUAACAUCAGCUAUGACGUGGAAGGGUAUCUCGGCCUCUCUCAGAAGUUGUACAGGCCGGAAGAUGUGUUGGAGAAGAGGAAAGCUGUGUGCUCCGGGUACGCAGGGCUGUGUAAGGAAAUGUGCAGGUACAUAAUUAGUACAAGGCAUCAGCCAACAUUUCUAGGAUCAUUGACAUUGGUGUAA